AUGACAUCCCUUAAAGAGGUUAAUGAGAAGGCAUAUGACUGGUUAAUGAAAAAAAAUCCAAGUGAGUGGAGCAAGAGGCAUUUUAGGUUUCAUGUAAAGUGUGACAUGUUAUUAAACAAUUUGUGUGAAAGCUUCAACUCAGCAAAAUUGGAUGCAAGGGAGAAGCCUAUCAUUACCUUGCUAGAAAAGAUUCGGUUAUGGUUAAUGAGUAGAUUAUGUGUGAAAAGGGAGAGUGUUUCCAAAUGGGUGCAUCCUGUAGGAAAGAGGGUUAGGGAAGUCAUUGAGAAGAACAAGCAUGUGGCCAGACACUGUGAUGGACCCAAAACGGGUUACCAGUUGACUGGUAUACCUUGUGGCAAUGUCUUGGCUGCCAUUUGGAGCUCCAACUUAAAUGUGAUGGAUUUUGUGGAUUCAGCUUACAAGAAAGAGGCUUUUAUAGCUCAAUAUGCUGGUAUUAUAAAGCCAAUGCCAUCACCUGAUAAGUGGCCAGAUCCAGGACAGAAUCCUAUUCCACCUACUGAGAAUGUCUUGCCUGGGAGACCUAAGAAAUCAAGGAAAAGAGAACCAGAUGAACCUCCUGCCCCCAAUGCAACAAAAGCUCGAAGAGUAGGUCAGCUUAUUAAUACUAAGGUAUGUUGUUUGCAGCCUGUUCAACGGAGAAGAAUGGGAAGACCACCAAAGAAAAAUCCAGCACCAGAAACUAUCAAAAGAAAGAAGAGGAGGGUGAGACAAAAGGCAAGAGAGGCAGCACAAGCUUCAUAA